AUGCCUGAACCGAAGUCCUCCGCCCCCAAGAAGGGCUCCAAGAAAGCAGCGUCUAAAUCCACCAAGACGGGCAGGAAGAGGAGGUCCAGGAGGAAGGAGAGCUACGCCAUCUACGUGUACAAGGUGCUGAAGCAGGUGCACCCCGACACCGGCAUCUCCUCCAAGGCCAUGGGCAUCAUGAACUCCUUCGUCAAGGACAUCUUUGAGCGCAUCGCCGGCGAGGCCUCCCGUCUGGCUCUCUACAACAAGCGCUCCACCAUCACUUCCAGGGAGAUCCAGACCGCCGUCCGCCUGCUGCUGCCCGGGGAGCUGGCCAAGCACGCCGUGUCUGAGGGCACCAAGGCCGUCACCAAGUACACCAGCUCCAAGUAGACUACUGCUGGACCACAACCACACAAAGGCUCUUUUAAGAGCCACACACCUCCUCUGGAGAGCUGCUCCUC